CGCGCACUGUGCGCUCCCCGCCCGAGCCGCCGGUCCCGCCAUGCCGCCGCCCGGCCAGACCCAGCUCCCGGACUGGGACGGCCUGAAGCUCCGCGUGCGGACCCUCAUCGCCUCCCACCGCGUCAUGAUUUUCAGCAAGAGCUAUUGUCCCUACUGCAAUAAGGUGAAAGAACUCUUCCGCUCUAUGCGUGUGGAGUACUAUGCUUUGGAACUUGAUGUAACAGCUGAUGGACCCAGUAUUCAGCAAGUGUUAGUAGAGCUAACUAAUCAGAGGACAGUGCCUAAUGUAUUUGUGAAUGGAACUCAUGUAGGUGGCUGCGAUUCAACUUACCAGGCUUAUCAUGAUGGAUCACUGCAGAAACUUCUUGGGGAUAGCAAAGUUGCAGAACCCUAUGAUUAUGACCUCAUUAUUAUUGGUGGUGGCUCAGGUGGACUUGCGUGUUCCAAGGAAGCCGCUGCCUUGGGAAAGAAAGUAAUGGUGUUAGAUUAUGUUGUUCCAACGCCUCUCGGAACCUCAUGGGGACUUGGUGGCACGUGUGUAAAUGUAGGUUGCAUUCCUAAGAAGCUAAUGCAUCAAGCAGCACUUCUGGGUCAGGCACUCCAAGAUUCAAGGAAAUACGGGUGGCAGUAUGACGAACAAGUUAAACACAACUGGGAGAUUAUGGUAGAAGCAAUUCAAAACUACAUUGGUUCUUUAAACUGGGGCUAUCGAGUGUCCUUGAGAGAGAAGUCUGUGACAUACCUCAAUUCGUAUGGGGAAUUCAUUGAACCACACAAAAUUAAGGCAACUAAUAGAAAAGGACAAGUAACGUAUCACACAGCAGAGACUUUUGUCCUGGCAACAGGAGAAAGGCCUAGAUAUAUGGGUAUCCCUGGAGAUAAAGAAUACUGUAUUACAAGCGAUGACCUCUUCUCCCUGCCUUACUGUCCUGGCAAAACUCUAGUCGUGGGUGCUUCCUAUGUGGCUCUAGAGUGUGCAGGGUUUCUUGCUGGUCUAGGUCUAGAUGUCACAGUGAUGGUGCGUUCCAUACUCCUUCGAGGCUUUGACCAAGAAAUGGCAGAAAAAGUAGGUGCUCACAUGGAAACACAUGGCGUGAAGUUCAUCAGGAAGUUUAUACCCAUUCAGGUUGAACAGCUGGAGGAGGGCAUGCCUGGAAGACUGAAAGUGACAGCAAAGUCUACUGAGGGACCAGAAAUCUUUCAAGAAGAGUAUAACACCGUUUUGAUAGCCAUUGGUCGUGAUGCAUGUACCAGAAAUAUUGGUUUAGAGACAAUUGGUGUCAGAAUCAAUGAGAAGAAUGGGAAAGUACCUGUAAAUGAUGAAGAACAAACCAAUGUGCCUUAUGUUUAUGCUAUUGGAGAUAUAUUGGAUGGAAAGCUUGAACUUACUCCAGUUGCCAUUCAAGCAGGAAAACUGCUAGCCCGCAGGCUUUAUGGUGGUAGUUCCACAAAGUGUGACUAUAUCAAUGUACCGACGACGGUAUUUACUCCUUUAGAGUAUGGCAGCUGUGGGUUAGCUGAAGAAAGAGCCAUAGAAGAAUAUGGAAAGCAAAACUUGGAGGUUUAUCACAGUUUGUUCUGGCCACUUGAAUGGACAGUACCAGGCAGAGAUAACAAUACUUGUUACGCAAAGAUUAUCUGCAGUAAACAUGACAACAAUCGUGUGAUAGGAUUUCAUGUUCUUGGACCUAAUGCUGGUGAAGUUACCCAAGGUUUUGCUGCUGCAAUAAAAUGUGGUCUCACUAAAGAAUUACUUGAUGAAACAAUUGGUAUCCAUCCAACUUGUGGAGAGGUGUUCACUACAAUGGAUAUUACAAAAUCUUCAGGACAAGACAUCACUCAAAGAGGCUGCUGAGGUUAAACCUGCUGUUUUACAUGUUUUCAUGUUGUGCACACUUGGUUCUGUGGAAGCCCUAAUACAUCCAGCUGCUUUGCAGCAAAAUAAACACUUGCAUCAGUACCGCUGUAUGUACUGCAGCUGGGGGUGGUGCCUUUGUGAGGCUUCCUCAGCAAAGUGUUGCAAAUGGAAACAGUAACACAGCAGGGAAAUCUUGAACUGUAAAUCCUGACUUUGCUUGGAAUCAGCACCACGGUGCUUUUUUGACGUUCUAGCUCGGAACCUUAUUGUGAGGUGAGCUACGACUGAUGGCUGCCAUGCAAGGUUGGGAGAUUUCUUCGUCUGGUCAAAUGACUGAACUCCUCCUGAAGGAAAUUCUUAAGUUGCACAGAUUAAAGCUA